AUAAGGCAUGAAUCCUUUCCACGUCCGCCAUUUUGACAUACGGUACUUUUCGAGAGUGUUGGUUUUAUGUUUUAUCGUUUCUCGUGAAAAAUAGUCUUUUUUACUGAAACGUAAGUAACGUAAAGGUGAUAUAUCUACGUGGAAGGUGUCGUUAUAAAGGGUUCUCAAUAAUCAGGCCAAGUUUAAUAAAUAAUGGAAGUUUGAGCGUGGAACCUUUGACGAUUCGCUGGGGAGUAGGUCGAAGGUGACAGACAACCGGGUGUACGCAGUGGCUUCGUAAACCGCACAAUAUCCCACGCCUUGUUUGCAAUACUACGAUAUUGGCUUAUUAAGUAGCCAAGACAUUUUUAAAGUGCAUAAACCUACAGCAAAGCACUCUAAAGAUAUAUAUAUAAUAUAUAUAUAUAUAUAAGGGUAUCUACAUAACUAAUACCAGCCAUGGGGAAUAUGUUUGCAACAUUAUUUAAAGGCCUCUUUGGUAAGAAAGAAAUGAGAAUUUUGAUGGUAGGCCUUGACGCAGCUGGUAAAACAACUAUUCUGUACAAAUUAAAAUUAGGGGAAAUUGUUACAACAAUUCCUACUAUAGGGUUCAAUGUAGAAACAGUCGAGUAUAAAAACAUAAGUUUUACUGUAUGGGAUGUAGGUGGUCAAGACAAAAUUAGACCUUUGUGGCGGCAUUACUUCCAAAAUACACAGGGGCUUAUAUUUGUCGUUGAUAGUAAUGAUAGAGAACGUAUUGGCGAGGCACGUGAAGAGUUAAUGAGAAUGUUAGCAGAAGAUGAACUCAGAGAUGCAGUACUUUUAAUAUUCGCUAAUAAACAAGAUCUGCCAAAUGCAAUGAACGCUGCAGAAAUAACUGAUAAAUUGGGUUUGCAUUCUUUACGUAAUCGCAAUUGGUACAUACAAGCAACGUGCGCCACAAGUGGAGAUGGACUUUAUGAGGGUCUAGAUUGGCUCUCCAAUCAACUAAAAAAUGCCAACCGCUAAUCGGAACGUUAUUUUGUCAACAUUCAGUUGCUAUAUUAACAUCAUAAAAAAAAACAGCUGCACACCCGUCCCCCCUCCCAUGAACGAAUAAUAUUUUAAAAAGAGCAGUAACACUGUGUACGAAGCGCAAGAUCUUUUGGAUCUUGAGUGGAGGGUGAACAGGUUAUCAUAUGUUGUCACUACUGUGCCAGAUGAUGUUUUGGGGGGAGGGGAGUGGGAAAAAAUGGUCGUGAGCACACACCAUCGAACGACCACACAGGACUAUUGCCUUGAGCAAAUUAUUAUUAUAAUUAUUAUUACAUUAGCAUUAUAGUUACACUUUUUACACAGAGAUACCGCAAGAAAUGUGGAACAAAACUUGAAGUAAUUGUAUUAAAGUACCUAAACUCUUGAAACAUACAAUACACAUUAAUUAAUUAAUUAAUUGAAUAAUUUAAAUAUCUUUGACAAAAAAAAAAAAGAAAAGAAAAAGAAGAUUUAAGAAAAAGACAAAUGCGUAAAGUACCCACGGUGUUGUCAGUUUGAAUGCGUUGGACAUACUGAUUAUCAUAAUGUAGCUGCAUAUUGUACAUUACAUUAUAUAAAUACGAUGAUAAAAUGUGAUCAAUAGAUGGUGAGAGAAUGUUGCUCUGUCCAUUAAAAAUUGCAAAAUGUUUCAUAGGCCCAUCAGUUUAAAUAGAAGCAGAGAGUUAAAAUAACUGACGGUGCAACGACUUACUGUUUCUAGAGUUACACAUAACAACAAAUUCGUUUCUAUUUUUUUAAGUUGUUUUUUUUUUUCACUAAAUAGAUUUUGAAAGGGAUAAAAAUAAAACUUGGAAUUAUAAUAUAAACUACAUAUGAUUGUUUCGUUAGCACUAUGCGUGUAUGUGUGUGUGUAACAGCAGGUGCAGUAAUUGCACCCUCCUCCACCUGCUUAAACUAACACAAAACAGCGAGCCAAUCAUAUGAAUUAAAUCUCAGUGUAUAAAAGAGAUAUCAUUUAUUUAUUACACCUUGAUAAAAAGGUUAAUUAGAGAAAAGAAACAAAUCGUCGACAUUCCGAAAUUAUUGCAGCGACCAUAGCGGAAAAAAUUCAGGUGAAUUAUUAAAAAAAAAAUAAAUAAAAAGAAAAAAAAGAAAGAAAAAUAAGAUUAUUCUUUAGGAAAAGAAUCAAGAAAUAAAAUAAAUGAAAAAUCUCUCACGUCGAUGAGAGAGGAUAGGCCUCGCAAUCUUUAAGCGCCAGAAGAUCCUGGCUGAUUAUAGGCAAAUACCAGCCUUCUAUAUCAUCAUUUUGAAGCCGUUUCACGAAUCCAUCUUCUCGACGUCCUAUAAUAUCUUUUUUCUUUUCUUCUUCUCUCCUUUUAAAAUAAAUUGUUUUUAAUUAACUAAUCCUCCCCCUAAUUGACAGUAUCGCCUUUUCGUCACAUGCAGAAAAUUCGUAUAAUUAUGUAUGAAUGUUUAAACAACUUGUGAAAUAUACUGUAAUUGUGCUUUA